AUGGCCUCCGCAAAGUACCAGAAGCCUCCCCAAGCCCCUCCUCUCUUCACUGCCACCACCGAGUCUCUCGCCAAAGACACCCGCCGUCUGCUAGACCAGUCUCGCCGCAUCCAAGACCAGAUCGUCAAGGACGUCACGACCGAGUCGGCAAACUUCCACAAUGUCGUCCUACCCAUGGCUCUCGAUGACAACAAGAUGGCCAUCGAAUCACACAUCAUCGGUUUCUACUCAGCCGUGUCGACCGACUCCAAGCUGAGACAUGCUUCCAUCGAGGCCGAGAAAGAGAUGGACGAGUUCGGUAUUGAGUCUAGCAUGCGCGAGGAUAUCUUCAAGCUUGUCGAUGCCGCUCUCAAAAACUCGAAGGAUCUGGACGCUGAGAGCCAGCGUCUGCUCGAGAAGGAUCACAAGGGCUUUGUGCGCAUGGGUCUGAAUGUGCCUGCUGGCCCCAAGCGUGACCGUUUCAAGGACAUCAAGAAGCGAUUGUCUGAACUCAGCAUCACCUUCCAGAAGAACUUGAACGAAGAGCAGGGUGGUCUCUGGUUCUCCGAACAAGAGUUGGAAGGUGUCCCCAAGGACGUUCUCGACGGUCUCAAGAAGGGCGAGGGCGAGAACGCCGGCAAAGUCUGGCUCACAUUCAAGUACCCCGAUCUCUUCCCCACCCUGAAGUACUGCAAGAACCCCGAGGUCCGCCGCAAGGUCUUCACCUCGAAUGAGAACAAGUGCAACGAAAACGUUCCCCUCUUCAAGGAGGCUAUCGUCCUCCGCGAUGAGGCCGCCCGUAUUCUUGGUUACCCCAACCAUGCCACCUUCCGCAUCGAGGACAAGAUGGCCAAGGCCCCUGCCACUGUUGACGAUUUCCUUGGUGACUUGCGCACCCGUCUCUCACCCGGCGGUGUUGACGAGAUCAAGAAGCUGAAGACUCUCAAGGAGAAGGACUUCAAGGACCGUGGUGUUGAACAGCAGAACGACGGCAAGUACUACCUCUGGGACCACCGUUAUUACGACACUUUGAUGCUUGAACACGAGUACCAGCUUGAGCAAGAAGCAAUUGCCGAGUACUUCCCUCUUGAAACUACCAUUCGUGGUAUGCUCCAGAUCUUCGAGGAGCUUUUCGGUCUCGCCUUUGUCCAAGUCACUGGCAAGGACCGUGAUUCUAUCAGUCCUACUGGCAAGGGUGACGACAUCAUUUGGCACCCCGAUGUUCAGGUCUUCAGCGUUUGGGAUGAUGAGGGUGAGGGCAGCGGCUUCGUUGGCUACCUUUACCUCGAUCUGCAUCCUCGCGAUGGCAAGUAUGGUCACGCUGCCAACUUCAACCUCCAGCCCGGUUACAUCGAUGAGAAUGGCAAGAGAAGGUACCCUGCCACCGCUUUGGUCUGCAACUUCUCAAAGCCUACUCCCAAGAAGCCUUCUCUUCUGAAGCACGACGAGGUCGUCACUCUCUUCCACGAGCUCGGCCACGGUAUUCACGACCUUGUAUCUCGCACCACUUACUCCCGCUUCCACGGCACAGCCACUGUCCGCGACUUCGUAGAGGCUCCUUCACAAAUGCUUGAGAAUUGGUGCUGGACCGCUUCACAACUCCGCAGCUUAUCGCGUCAUUACAGCUACCUCUCAGAUAGCUACAAGGCCGCUUUCACCGAGUCAAGCAAAUCUGGCAAGCAACAGCCGCCAGAGACUAUGCCCGACAACCUGAUUGACAGCAUCAUCCGUACACGUCAUGUCAAUGACGCUCUCUUCAACCUCCGUCAGCUUCACUUCGGUAUCUUUGACAUGACCGUACAUGAAGGCAAGUCACAUGACGAUAUUAAGGGUCUUGAAGUGAGCAAACUGUACAAUUCACUUCGCAAAGAGAUUUGUUCACUCGACGGCCCAGAGGAACUUGGACAAGGCCUUGACUGGGGUAAUGGUCAAGCUACGUUUGGUCACUUGAUCGGUGGCUACGAUGCAGGUUACUAUGGCUAUCUGUCUUCUCAGGUAUACUCGGCCGACAUGUUCUACUCGGUGUUCAAGAAGGACCCCAUGAAUGGCAAGGAAGGAAGGAGAUAUAGGCACACUGUGUUGGAACGUGGCGGUAGCCAGGAUGAGAUGCAGACGCUUGAGGAUUUCCUCGGCAGAAAGCCCAGCACAGAGGCAUUCUACAAGGAGUUGGGCCUGAGUUAG